AAUGACUCAAGCGUAGGACGGAGGUGAGAUUAACAGGGAUUCUCAGCGGCAGCAGAUUUGCGUUGUCUGAAGGGAAUCGACCGCGAUGGGAAGCAGCGAUUCAAAGCUAAAUUUCAGGAAAGCGGUGAUCCAGCUCACGACCAAAACGCAGCCGGUGGAAGCCACAGAGGAUGCCUUCUGGGACCAGUUCUGGGCAGACACCACCAUCACAGUCCAGGAUGUUUUUGCUCUGGUGCCAGCUGCAGAGAUAAGAGCUGUUCGAGAGGAGUCGCCGUCAAACCUGGCAACCCUCUGCUAUAAGGCGGUGGAGAAGCUGGUGCAGGGAGCAGAGUCCGGCUGUCCCACCGACCGGGAGAAGCAGGUGAUUCUGAACUGCACUCGCAUCCUGACCCGGAUUCUUCCCUACAUCUUCGAGGACCAAGACUGGAGAGGGUUCUUCUGGUCAACGGUGCCUGGUGCAGGACAUGCUGGGACAGAUGAGCUGGACGACGAUGACGGAGCCCGACCACUGGCUGAGUCGCUGCUCUUGGCGAUCGCCGACCUGCUCUUCUGCCCUGACUUCACUGUGCACAGCCACAGAAGAGGCCCUGACUCGGUGGAGAACAUGCAGUCUUUAGACAGCUGUGAGUACAUCUGGGAGGCUGGGGUGGGAUUUGCACAGUCCCCGCCUCUUAACUACAUCCAUGACCUCAACAGGGCAGAGCUGCUGAGAUUGUUACUAACCUGCUUCUCAGAGGCCAUGUACCUGCCUCCUUCACCCGACAACAGCGUCCUCAACCCCUGGGUCACAUUCUUCUGCUCCACAGAGAAUAGACACGCUCUUCCUCUGUUCACAUCUCUCCUCAAUGUGGUCUGUGCUUAUGAUCCCGUGGGCUACGGCAUCCCCUACAACCACCUCCUAUUUGCGGACUACCGGGAGCAGCUGGUGGAGCAGGCUGUGCAGAUUCUUAUUGUGACGCUGGAGCACGAUGGAGGAGCUCCCCGACCUGCCGCUUCGUCAUCCAGCAUAGAGGAGCUAGAGAAUGCUGGCCCUGAAAACCUCUUUGUCAAUUACUUGUCAAGGAUUCACAGAGAGGAGGACUUUGACUUUGUGCUGAAGGGGCUCGCUCGGCUACUGACCAAUCCUCUGGCUCAGACGUACCUGCCCCACUCCACCAAGAAAAUUCAAUUCCACCAAGAACUGCUGGUGCUUUUCUGGAAACUCUGCGACUUCAAUAAGAAAUUCUUGUUUUUCGUCCUGAAGAGCAGUGAUGUGCUGGAUGUUCUCGUUCCAAUUCUCUAUUACCUGAACGAUGCCAGGGCAGAUCAAUCUCGUGUUGGACUCAUGCACAUCGGCGUGUUUAUUUUGCUCCUGCUGAGCGGGGAGAGAAACUUUGGCGUGCGCUUGAAUAAGCCGUAUUCUCUCCAUGUCCCAAUGGACAUCCCGGUGUUCACAGGGACGCACGCAGACCUGCUGAUAGUGGUUUUUCACAAAAUCAUCACCACAGGACACCAGCGCCUCCAACCUCUUUUCGACUGCCUGCUCACUAUUAUUGUAAAUGUUUCCCCCUACCUGAAGAGCCUGUCCAUGGUAGCAGCCAAUAAACUACUCCACCUGCUGGAGGCUUUCUCCACCACCUGGUUUCUGUUCUCUACCGUUCAGAACCACCACCUUGUCUUCUUCCUUCUUGAGGCUUUCAACAACAUUAUCCAGUACCAGUUUGAUGGAAACUGCAAUCUUGUCUAUGCCAUCAUCCGCAAGCGCAACGUGUUCCACCAGCUGGCCAAUCUGCCCUCUGACCCCGCUACAAUCCAAAAGGCUUUGCAGAGGAAGAAGAAGUCACCAGAUGUGAUUUCCCGCACAAGCUCCCAAGAGACUGUGUCCAUGGAGGGCUCCCACCCGGCGGUGCCAGCAGAACCGGGCACGCUGAAGGCCAGCCUGGUCGCUAUGCCAGGCAUAGAUAAGUUGACUGAGAAGUCACAGGUAUCCGAGGACGGGACCAUGGUGUCGAUCCCAAAGUUAGACUCUCCACAGACGGUCCACUCAGAUCAGAGUGCAGCCGCUGGGACCAGUGACACAGAGUCAAACUCGGGCAGAGACAAUGAGGAUGUUUUCUACACUGAAGCAGAGAUGGAAAGAAGGCGUUUGUCAAGUGCCUCUUCGACUUCGUUAUGGACUCCUACCCCAGAAUGGAUCCUAUCUUGGAAAUGCAAGUUGCCGCUUCAGACUAUCAUGCGUCUUCUACAAGUACUAGUUCCCCAGGUGGAAAAGAUCUGCAUUGACAAGGGUCUAACAGAUGAAUCAGAGAUCCUGAAGUUCCUUCAGCAUGGCACGUUAGUGGGCCUGUUGCCGGUUCCUCACCCCAUCCUCAUCAGAAAGUAUCAGGCCAACGCCGGCACCGCUAUGUGGUUUCGUACUUACAUGUGGGGAGUUGUUUACUUGCGCAAUGUGGAUCCUCCCAUCUGGUAUGACACUGACGUGCGCCUUUUUGAGAUCCAGAGGAUGUAGGCUUAACCAUUUGAUGACUGAAAAAUGAACUGCUCUUAUUCUAGAAGUAUCUGCUGGUUUCCUGGAGAAAAACAAAAAACAAAAAAAAACUCACUGUGUUAGACCUGUCUUCUAAUUAUUAUGCUUGCACCAAACACUUUCUGAUCUGGAAAGAUUAAAGAUGUAUGAAGUAUCAUCAAUGUCCAUAAACAACUAUGUUUGAACAUUUCUUUGAGACUUUGAGACAGCAGAAUGUCUGUUAAAGCACUGAGAAGAAUGAAGCGUUUUCAAAAAGCAAAGAAGUGUAACAGAAAUAUUUAACUUUUUGUCAUAUUUAUUAUAGAGGAUGUGGUGCUUUCCAGCAAAGGCAUGUAAAUUAUCUUGGAUGACACUGUGUUAGUAUUUCCAAUUAUUUAUUGUAUUUCCUAUGCUUUACAGUGAACUUGCACUUCUCUGACUUGUCUGUUCAGUUUGUGGUUUAAUGUGAUGUUUCAGAUAUGGAGAUGUUUUUAUGUAUAUGACCAAGAGGUUUAUUUUAGACUUUUUGUUUUGACUUCUUGCUUUGAUUUGUGAACCUUGCAGUGCUUGACUUUAAAACUGUAUUUUCUUGAAUUGUCCUGAAAAUAUAUAUUACUAUGGCUCUGUGAA